UUUAAAUCACAUAGAGCUCCACCGACUCUCAGUUUGCAUCCUCCUCUGCUCUCCUCUCUGAGCUCCCUCUGUCUCUCUCCUCCUCUCUGCAACUGGUCGUCACCUUGCGAGGGCUCCUGUGAGGCGUCUUCCUCUGAACAUCUGCAACAACUUUUCACCUAAAGAAAUAAAAACUUUUUUCUCCUUUGAAGCCUGAGACCCAACUGUCACCAUGGAGGCCAUCAAGAAGAAGAUGCAGAUGCUGAAGUUGGACAAGGAGAAUGCCAUCGACAGGGCAGAACAGGCUGAGUCUGACCAGAAGGCAGCGGAGGAUAAAUGCAAGCAGCUGGAGGAUGAGCUGCUCGCUCUGCAGAAGAAACUAAAGGGAACAGAGGACGAGCUUGACAAGUACUCGGAGGCCCUGAAGGAUGCUCAGGAGAAACUGGAACUGUCGGAGAAGAAGGCCACAGAUGCAGAGGGCGAUGUGGCAUCUUUGAACCGCAGGAUCCAGCUGGUGGAGGAGGAGUUGGACCGCGCUCAGGAGAGACUGGCCACAGCCCUGCAGAAACUAGAGGAGGCCGAGAAGGCUGCAGAUGAGAGUGAAAGAGGCAUGAAGGUGAUUGAGAACAGAGCCAUGAAAGAUGAGGAGAAGAUGGAGAUCCAGGAGAUGCAACUCAAAGAGGCCAAGCACAUCGCUGAGGAGGCCGACCGCAAAUACGAGGAGGUUGCCCGUAAACUGGUCAUCCUUGAGGGGGAGCUGGAGAGAGCAGAGGAGAGGGCAGAGAUUGCAGAACUUAAGUGUGCUGACCUGGAGGAAGAGCUGAAGAACGUCACCAACAACCUCAAGUCACUAGAGGCUCAGUCUGACAAGUACUCUGAGAAAGAAGACAAGUAUGAGGAGGAGAUUAAGGUUCUGAAUGACAGACUCAAGGAGGCGGAAACCCGUGCAGAAUUCGCAGAGAGGACAGUGGCUAAGCUGGAAAAGACCAUAGAUGACUUAGAAGAGAACCUAUCGAAUGCGAAAGAGGAAAACAUAGGAAUGCACCAAGUCCUGGACCAAACACUGCAGGAGCUCAGUAGCUUGUAAAAUGCCGAGAAGAACACCAAACAAAUUAAAAAAAAAAAAAAAACAUUUGUUUUGUAAAAGAUAUUUUCUACAUGCCAUCCAUUCUCCUUUUUAAUUUCACUCUUGCAACACAUGUAACCCUUUUAUAUAUUUAUGGUUCUUAUGUUUCUUUUCCUUUUUUAAAAAUGGUUUUGGGUCCAUAUGGUAAUCAGUUCGGGUGCUGCACAUUGUGUCGCCGACCAAACUCUGAGCACAAAUAAAACUGAUGAUGACGCCAGUGA